UUAUUUAUUUUAUGCAUCUAUAAAUAAUGAUCCCAAACUCACCACUCACAUCAAUAUCCACAUUCAUUAUAUUCCUUCCCAAAUAAAAAAAAACCACAACCAUGAAGCGCAUCUCCUCUUUCCAUAGCCUUAUUAUUCUUGUGGUUUCAGCGGUUGUUCUCAGCUCUCUCUUCGUGAUCACCAAGACCGCUGCUUCUCGCGUUUCAAUUGCAAAACCCAGUUAUAUCCCUUCUGCUGUUCAUAAUACUGCGCAGUAUCACUCUGAACAAGGAAAAGAUCAGGCAUUACAGGCUGAGAUGGAAGGAUAUGACUCUUUGGAUUUGAUGGGACCGGAACAUUGUGAUGAUGGAGACGAGGAGUGCUUGAGGAGGCGGAUGACAUCUGAAGCUCAUUUGGACUACAUCUACACACAGCACCACAAACCAUGAAGCUGGUAUUUGGAGUUUUAAUUAUUUUCUACCCGAAGAGAAAGACUAGCUAGUAUCUACUUAUAUAACGUGAUGGGAUCAUCAAGGGGAUGUUAUGAUACCACUAAUAGAUAUGUAAUGGUUGUGAGUAAUCUUGUCACAGGACCCAAGCCUUAUAUAUUAUUAUAUGUAAUUAAUCAGUAAUAACUUUGUCUUUUUUUCUUUC